CUUCUCGCCACUGCCUCUCUCAGGAAGGGAGCCGUCGCUUGCUGCACGGACCCGAGUCACAACUCUCCAUUCUCUCUCCCUGCUGCAGCACAGACAGAGCCACAACUCUCACACUCUCUCUCCCUGCUGCAGCACAGACAGAGCCACACUCUCACACACUCUCCACUCACACACUCUCCACUCACAACUCACACACUCUCCACUCACAACUCACACACUCUCCACUCACAACUCACACACUCUCCACUCACAACUCUCAUACUCACUCCCUGCCUGCUGAAGCACAGAGCCACAACUUCCACACUCACUCCCUGCCUGCUGCUGCUGCCGCUGCAUCACCCCCUGCCUCGCCACCACGCGACCCAGUCCCAGGGAACCUCUCCUCUCCAGCAGCUGGGCCGAAUCCCGCCUACGCCAUGAGCGGAUACAGCGUGACCCUGGAAGGACAGCCGCCCUGGGGCUUCCGUCUCCAGGGAGGCAAGGACUUCAAUAUGCCGCUCACCGUCUCACGGGUGAGUACGCUGUGACCGCCUGGCAGCAAGUCGGCGCAGGCGAACAUGAGCUCGGGCGACGUGGUGACGGCCAUCGACGGGGUGAGCACGGCCGGGAUGACGCACCUGGAGGCCCAGAACAAGAUCAAGGCGAGCAUCGGGAAUCUGAAGCUCAGGCUUGCAGAGGUGUGGGCUCUCUUCGAAUUCUGA